AUGGCACGCGCCAGUGGAGCCAGCGUCAACGCUUCAGGCGCCUCUGAAGCAGCGCGAUCAGCAGCCACGGAGACCGCGAGCGCUGAUGAGAGCAAUCAACGGCCUCUGCUCGGCCGUGUGCUCGAACCGCCCCCUGCUGAUGUGCACUUGUGGGAUUCCCAGUGCUUCUCGGGCCCCGUGGUCGUCGCACCAGUACAGGCUCUACACCGUGAGUCAGCUUCUCAAGGGGAGCCUGGCUCUCUCCCUGACUCGCCGGAUCCUGGGGUGCAGGUUGAUGGGAGCGCGGUGGGGGAUCCUGGUCUAUGGCGCAUGUACUACUAUGGCAGGGAUGGCGAUUACUGGGCGAAAGGGGUCAAAGCGCUGCCUGUGCCGAUUGGUCGGGUGGGGCUUGCUGUCAGUAGGGACGGGGUGACGUGGCAGCGCGUGAGAGGGCCGUUACCUGGCGGUGCUGUGCUGGAUCCUGCUGAGUCUGACGAGGCUUUUGACAGUGUCCACGUGGCUGUUGGUGACGUUUUGCGUGCCUGGAAUCCAGAACACGUCAGUGGUGAUGACUCAGAUUUUGGUGAUGAUGACUCAGCAUGUGCCAUUGACGACCCAGCAUCAUGUGCUAGUGAUGCUGGUGCAGAGAUUCAGAUAGGAGCAGCGUGGUCGUGGGAUGGAGUGCACUUUAACGUCAGGACAGAGAAGCCUGUGUUGGAAAAGGGUGCAGCGGGGGAGUGGGAUCAGUUUGGUGUGUCAUGGCCUCGUGUUGUCCUGCUUUCCCAGGCGUCCCCUCCUGCUGCUGCUGGUGAUUCUGAUGCAGAAUCUGGCAGCCGCAGUGGUAACCUUGUUACUGCAGACCCGUCUGUUACAGGUGACACGUGGCUCAUGACCUACCACACACGCGGGCAGGAUGAGCAGGGCAAGGCCGGCUAUGCUGCUGGUGCAGCUGUGUCCCGCGAUGGUGGCGAGACCUGGCAGCGUUUGGGGAAGGUGUUAUCAGGAGGGGGACCAGGGUCGUGGGAUGAGCAGGGAGUGUCUGUGCGCAGUGUUGUGUCGGUGCCAGCUGGCAAAGCAGGGCGGAGCAUAGAUGGCCUUGCUGCUGAUGCAGCUGAAGCUGCUGCUGCUGGUACUAUUGGUUCAGCUGCGGAUGCGUCAGGAAAAGUUGAAAUACAUGCGGCAUGCACUCGCCUCAUCAUGCUAUACGAAGGCUGCAACACCAGCAACGAAUUUGCCAUUGGCCUUGCCACGUCGGACGACGACGGGCUGACGUGGCACAAGGCCAUCGGUGCAGGGCCUGAGCCAGGCGGACCGGUGUUGAAGGCCAGGAGAGGGGAGGACCCAUGGGAUAAUAUCCUUGUGGGGGCACCUUACGUGGUUGCUCGCCCGGACGGCAGCCUUUGGAUGUAUUAUGUGGGAGUGGGAAAGAUGCAAGGGGAUGAGACACCCAGGCAAGGGAUUGGGCUGGCUGUGAGCUGCGGCAGUGACUACAGUAGGUGGGAAAGGUAUGGUAUAACAGGAGAGUUUGAGUCUUGA